AUGCUGUAUACCUACGUCACACGGCAGCUGCGUAACUGCGGCAUCGGACUGUGGACAGCCGACUGGCUGUGGAGGCAUGAGUCUUCUGCUCGCCGCAGCCUGCAUCCUAACGUGGCUGAUACGCGUCUAUCUGACGUCCAGCAUCUUAUCAUCACGCUCGCGCGCGCACAAUUGGACCUGCAGUCGGUUGCAUUGGGGCCGACAAAGCCAUCGUUCGCCUUCACGCUCCUGCGGCUGAUGCCCGGGGGCUGGGAAGCCAAGGCCAUCUGGAUGCUCAUCGUCAUCAUGAACCUGCAGUUCGCCGUCCACGUGAUGGCGACUUGGCAGACCAUCUGCGGCGUUCCUAGCUGGAGUGAUGUGCUGCAUCUAGAGAGCCGCUGCUGGACUCUGAAGCAGUCCAUCACCUUUUCGGUGUUCAGCGCUCUGUACUUGGUGCUUUGUGAUUUCGUCCUAGCGCUGUUGCUGUGGAAGCUUGUCUUUAGUCUGCAGAUGAAACGAUCCGAAAAGCUCGGCGUCGCGAUAGCGCUGAGCAUUGGUAUACUCGCGGGGAUCACGGAAUUGUGA